AUGAAAAAAGCUCUAUCAGUGAUGCACAGAUAUGAGUUGAAUGGUCGAAAGCUUGUUUUAAAAGAAGAAAUGGGUAAUGAAAGAAUAAGACAAAACUCAUCAAGAUCUGGAGGAGUUGGUGGGGGCAGGAAUGUAAGAGAUGAAAAAGAUAAUUGGGGUGCUAAUAAGCCCAGAGAACCUGAAAAUUUCAAUACAUAUGGGCUGAGUCUUCAAUUUUUGGAUUCAAUUAAUGUACAACCUCCACUUGUAAAAAAAAUAUUUGUGGCUAAUUUGGAUUAUAAAGCAGAUCGUUCAAAAAUUAAAGAAGUAUUUAAAAUGGCAGGAAAAGUUUACAAUAUUGACCUAGCUGUUGACAAAGAUGGCAAUAGUAGGGGAUUUGCAGUGAUUGAAUAUGAUCAUCCUGUUGAAGCUGUUCAGGCUAUAUCAAUGUUUGACAAGCAAUUGCUGUAUGACCGUAGAAUGACCGUUCGAAUGGACCGAGGACUAUCUGAUAAAACAGAAUUAAGAUUGCCAGAAGGCCUAAAGGGUAUUGGCCAAGGGUUGGGACCUAAUGGAGAACCAUUACGAGAUGUGGCAAGAAAUUUGCCCCAGGCCCCAAACACGUCAAACAUAGGUUUAGCUGGAACUGGCACCGCAAUAGGCGCAGGUGUGUUGGGUGCUGUACCAGCUGCAGGAGUGGCUUUAAAUGGCCUCGGAACUGGAUUACCUGGGAAUACUCUUGGCACUAAUACUGCUUUAGGUGGUAGUUUGGGCUUGCAGGCUUUAGGUUUGACUGGAUUAGGGGCAUUGCAGAAUCAAUUACUUCAGCAAGGUCUCACUGCAAAUGAUUUAGCAACUGUUUUGUCAGCGCAAGCUGGCAAUGUCAACAGUGCAAAUAACUUAAGUUUAAACACCACUGAUAUGGGAACAAACAUGAUGGGCAAUUCAAAUUUGGGCAACAAUGUUAUGGGUGGUAAUCCAACUUUAAGCAGUGGUCCUCUAUCAGCAUCAAGCAGGCAGAUGGCCAAUAUGCCAACACCAGGACAAGGAUAUGGUAGAGAUUCUGGAUCGCAACAAAGUUCAAGGGACAAAGCAUCUGAUAUGGUGAUUAUAACAAACCUUCCACCAACUCUGUCGUUCGUUUCCACAAUGAGUGGGAUGCAGAAAGAGCUAUCAAAAUGUUUGACAGAACACGCAUUGAUGGCAGGACAAUCGAUGUCCGCUUUUUCUAAUACUGACUUUCUGAUCAGGAGGAAUGUGGUAUCGAAGUCGGUCUAUUGGUCUGAGAAACUGCUUGUCAUCGUCGUCUUAAAUCAUCUGCUGCUAACGCACGAGGUCACCGGA